AACGCAACAUCCAUUGAGAUCUGUUGUCAAAUUUCGUGUAAUUUUAUCCGAUCUGUUCCCCUACCUGUUAAAAUGCGUGAUAUUCCCGCAAGGGGACUACCGCUACCCAAAUGGGUUUCACAUAAAUUCCUACCAGUCUUUCUCUUGCUUUCAAUGGCGUCGCAUGUAAACACUGCGAAAUACGAAGCGGAACGUGCGCAAAUCAUCAAAACGAAGAUGUGCGCUCGAUGUCCGGAUCGAUUACACUCACCAAAGACGAGGAGAUGAUGAUCGCCGUGAUGAAGAAGUUCAAAACGCAAGAAUAUCACGAUUUCAACGAGGAUUUAUUCCUCCCGGCGCAGGAUUUCAUCAGUGUCAAAGAAAACAUCUCUAGUUCAUCACUGUUUACAUUUUUACGUGCCAUGCCUAAGGGAGCAUCACUACACACACAUAUUCUAGCUGCAACUAGCGCUGAAUACAUCGUCAAGGAGUUGAGUUACAUGAAGAAUCUGUAUAUGUACACAUGGAAUGGUAAAUUGAAGUUAAAAUUCAUGAAUACAAGCGACGCAGAGAAAUGCGCGGAAGAUUUUGGUCUCUGUGAGUUGUUAUCAGACAAAAGACAAGUACAAAGCGCGAAAGUGUUUGAUAAAUGGUUAUUGGAUCAAUUAAUGAUAACAAACACGCCUGAAAUUAAUAGUAAAAGUAAAAAAUGGACGAAAUUAAGCGGGAUAUUCACUACACUGUAUGAUAUGUUGACAUAUCGUCCGGCAUUUGAAAAAUACUUGAAACAAACCCUUCAGGAGCUCGUAGAUGAUAAUAUUAUCUAUGUUGAGUUACGUGGGACCUUCAUGGAGUUGUAUGAACUUGACGGAGUGAAAUAUGACGCUAUGAAGUCUCUGCAAAUCAUGUCCGAUGUCAUUUCAACGUUUACAACAACGCACAAUGAAACAUUCAUUGGUGCACGGUAUAUUUUUGCUCCGUAUCGUAAAUUAACCGAUGAAGACUUCCAGGAUUCCCUGAAGUUAUUACGUGAAGCGCAUCGGAAGUUUCCACACCUCAUCGCUGGUUUUGACCUUGUGGGACAUGAAGACGCUGGCGGUACACUGCGGCAACGCGUGGAACUACUCCAACGCGUACAUAAAGACAUCAAAUUUUAUUUCCACGCUGGUGAGACGAAUUGGCACGGCACUGAGAGUGAUCAAAAUCUAUUAGAUGCUAUUCUAUUGGGUUCAUCGAGGAUUGGACAUGGGUUAUCCCUGGCUAAACAUCCAGAGUUGAUGCGUUUGGUGCGUGAUCGUAAAAUCGCCGUCGAGGUGGCGCCUGUGUCGAAUCAAGUGUUGGGGUAUGUGAAUGACCUACGUGCGCAUCCAGCGGUGUUGUAUGCGCGGUUUGGGAUUCCCCUGGUUAUAUGUAAUGAUGACCCGACUGCGUUUGGUAAUACUGGACUUACUUUUGAUUUUUAUGAAGCGUACAUGGCACUCACGCAAGUUGAUGAAGGUCCGGAGUUUUUGAAAGCCGCCGCGUUGAAUUCAAUCGGACAUAGUUCGAUGAAUCAGUUUCAGAAACGUAAGGCUUAUGAGAUGUUUGAGGAGCGUUGGAAGAUUUGGUCGCAUGGUAUGGCGGCGAUUGUGUCUUUCUUUGGUAAAUUAAGUAAUUAACAGCUGGUUAAUCUUGUAAUAUAUUUUUUAAGUGGACUAAA